CCGGACGCCGAUGCCGGCUGCAGCUGCGCGACGACCCGGCGGCGCGGCGAUGGCUCGAAUCAGCCCGGCCGCUUUCCCGCCCGCCCGUCGCCGGAGGGACGUGGCCGCCGUGGCCUGACGCCGUCGAGCAGCGGGAACGCUCGGACCGUUAGCGGGCACGGAAAGUUUCUAGGAGGAAGGCAGAGCGAUGUCCCGGCUGUCUCUGACCCGGUCCCCAGUUUCUCCCAUUGCCGCUCAAGGAAUUCCUCUCCCUGCCCAGCUCACCAAAUCUAACGCCCCGGUGCAUAUUGAUGUAGGAGGUCACAUGUAUACCAGCAGCCUAGCAACUUUGACCAAAUACCCAGAUUCCAGAAUAAGCCGCCUCUUUAAUGGCACAGAGCCGAUUGUCUUGGACAGUUUAAAACAACACUAUUUCAUUGAUCGAGAUGGUGAAAUAUUCAGAUACAUCUUGAGCUUCUUAAGAACUUCAAAGCUGCUGCUCCCGGAGGAUUUUAAGGACUUCAGUCUUUUAUAUGAAGAAGCCAAGUAUUACCAGCUGCAGCCGAUGAUCAAAGAACUGGAGCGAUGGAAGCAGGAGAAAGAGCAACAGAAACAUUUCCAGCCCUGUGACUGCUUGGUGGUGAGAGUGACGCCGGAUCUCGGUGAGCGGAUCGCAUUGAGCGGGGAGAAGGCGCUGAUCGAGGAGAUCUUCCCAGAGACGGGGGAUGUGAUGUGCAACUCGGUGAAUGCUGGCUGGAACCAGGACCCCACCCACGUCAUCCGCUUUCCCUUGAACGGGUACUGCCGGCUGAAUUCGGUGCAGGUCCUUGAACGGUUGUUCCAGAAGGGAUUUAAUGUGGCAGCGUCCUGUGGUGGAGGCGUAGAUUCCUCCCAGUUCAGUGAAUACGUGCUGUGCCGUGAAGACCAGAGACCACAGCCCAAUACCACCAUCAGAAUAAAGCAAGAACCCCUAGAUUAAGGACCGACUCCCUCCUUCCUUGGAGACAGUGGGCGUGUUCAAAGGUCCCCUUGGGUGGAAACACUCAGGACUCCCAGAACAGUAUUAAUGCAGGAGCAGCCAGCCUGUUUCUGAAGCAACCCUGUUGUAUGGCCAGCCAUGACUCUCAACGUGGAGACAAGGACAAGGACACAACCCAGAGUUGUUUGUAUUAUUUACUCAAGUCAUCGCAGUGCACUCGGAAGCCUGGCGUGUUGUGGGAUUGUUUUGGCUCAUGGAAAGUAGUGGUGCUUCUGUAAAGAACUUAACUGGACCGAAUUUGGUGGAAAAGACCAAUUUAUGUAAUUAAAGUAUGUCUCACUGAAGGAAUGAGCCCACCAGCUUCCUGGACGAUAGCCCCUCUGUCCUACGAAUGUGUCAAAACCUUGAUAGCUGCCAGAAGGAAACUGGUGGUAUGCUGAGCGUCUUCCCUGAGCCCUGUACUAUCUCUGGCCUGUCAGUCGUUCCUCCCCUAUCUCCAUUUGUUACUCAUGGUCUUUUUGCUCAUUCCUUGGAUUCGUUGCAUUAUGGCUUAUUUUUCUACGGCGCCUACCGUUGUCUUAGAGGAGCCAGUUCAGGGAAGGGACCAAAUGGUGCUGGACCUGAUUUCAUUCUUUCCAGUCCUACAUCUUUUGCUGUCCCCUCAUACACAGACACAACUCGCACAGCUGCAAAUUCUUUUUUAAAAAAUGAGGUUCAAAUCGAGUCCUUUUGCAAAAUUGUGUAACUUUAAAUAGGUCCUGAGGUGAACCCAACGUUAAGUUAUGCUGGUUUUUAUUGUCGAUAAGAACGGCAAGUGGCUUAAAUGGUGUCUCAAGUCACUCUUCAUUCAAAUUCAGUCCCCAUAUUGCCUUGACACAUGGAAAUGGAUGAUGCCACACUGAUUGGAUGUUGCAUGUCAUCUGUUUAAACCAGGGGUCUCCAACCAUGGCAACUUUUAAGCCUGGUGGACUUCAAUUCCCAGA